AUGUCGUGUUGGCUGCUGCUGCUCGUUUCUCGAUGCGGGGUACGACGGUACGAUGCUCUCCUCUCUGGCAGCGGCUCUGGAGCCUCCGCCGUGCCCCAGCGUACCAGACCCAAUGCUCUACUAGAGCAACUACCGGCAACUAAAAUUGGCAGUGGCCGCGGAUGCCCGUCGAUGGCAGAGAGAGUCUCUGCUGCAGCUGCUGCACUCCUCGGCAAUGCGGUGGUGUACGAUAGCUGCUUAGCAUUCCAUCCCGCUCCGCUGCUGUCAGCGACGGAGUCAAGUUACCGCACCGUCAUGUAUAGUCUGCAUCCUUCAGGCUUCGAAGCGCUCACCCACUCGCUCACCUGCACACAGCGGACCGUCCCAUCGCCCCAUUCGCUGCAUCCGGCCUCGGCGCCGACGGGCUUCCUACCGUAUGGAUGUGCACGGAAAGUAGAUAUGCAGCCGGACAGGGUAUCGGAUAGUCGUGAAUAG